AUGCGACGGGCGUUGGCGUCUUGCGUGGUCAUGGCUGGCAACAGUCGUCCUGCGGUCCGUUCGGACCUGCAGGAAGUUGCAGGCACGGUGGAGUCUUCGCACCCCCAGGCUCCCACAUCGUUUUUCAGUGCAGCUUACUCACGGGUCUUUGGACGCCUUGCGCCACUGCGCUCGGAGGCAGCUGAUGCUGGCGAAUUGUCGCCUGCUCGGGGUGCUGUGUGCGACUGCCCUAAGAUGGAGGCCGGCGCAGCUCCUUCUCUGCCUCAUUCGUCGACCUCCUGGAGGAAUGUCAAAGUGGUGUGCGGCUUCUUGGCUCUUCUGGGGGCGACUGCCUUACUGGGUAUCGCCGCCGCAGCUAUGCAUAGUGUCAUGGGCGACUACUACUUUACUCAAGGCACCGUCGGCGGGCUCAUGCACCACAAGCUCACACCCGUCGUCCUCGCUCUCCGAGCCUCACUCCUUGUCCGUUUCUUAUCAACUCUCUUUUUUGUCUUUGUCGUUGCAGCUACAGUCCUGACUGCAUUAUCCGAGUUAGCGGCCCUGGGGUUGUUCCCUGGGAGCCCUGCGAUCGAUUACCUCAGACGGCAUUUUGCUGGUUCUGCGCUUGAGCCCAUGUCCUCUUAUUCGCUGAUCGAUGCGCCACAGCCUGCAGACCUCGGCAUUCGCUCGACAUCCGGCCAAACGCCUGGCGGCGCCUCCAGUGAGGACGACGAUAGUAACAGAGCUGUCUUGACAGCCACUCGCCGUGAACGGAGGGCCGCGGCUCAAGGACCUUUACGCUCAGCCUCACCACCUGAGUCUUUCCAGGAGCAAACCGGGCUUCAAGAAGAGAGUGCCGUUUCGACUUCGGUGUGGUGGAAACCUCUUCAUCAGAGUCUGAAAAGGUUGCUUUCGAGCUUGCUUUUCUUGCUGGGCUACAGAGUUCAGAGAUGCUGCCCCGCGGACGCCGCUGCCAGUCGCCGUUCGCAGAGCGGCGAUCGCCGUCAGAGGUAUGGGGGUGCGACCUCUUCUGGUUGCGCGGCUGCGGCCGGGGAGCUGACUGAGGAGGAAGCGGGCUCUGCGGUCGAGGCUGACGCUGUCUCGACAACCUGUAACGAUGACUCGAAGCAGGCGAGGCGGACUCUCAAAGCGGAGCGGUCAAGAGCCGGAGUCAGACGGCGUGUAGGCAAGAAGUCAGACAUCGAGAAAGAUUCACUCGAUUCGGCGCGACUAACGAACGCGGGGAGACAGAAGAAACCCGCGUUUGACGGCGACUGGCUUGUGGUGGAUAGAGACGACCGCGGCACGAUGCAGGCUUGA